CUCAAACGCUGUGUAUCCCUUGCAAUGAUCGAUAACAGGAGAGAUGGAAGUGGAAGAAAACUUAGAGAGGGAUCUGCAUGCCUUGAGAAGAUUAUACGGCCUCCUUCAGACCACCGGAGAAGUAACUCUAAUGAUGGACGAGGAAAUGAGACUUCUGUUGAAGAAUCUGCUAGACGCUGCAAGAGACCACUUAUUGCACACUCAAACCCAGAUCAUAGCUUCAACACAAUCGCAUUCCAUGCAGCCCAAAGAGGACUUGACAAAUUUCCAACGAAGUAUAUCACCAAAUAUAUUCACGGCAUCUACCACUGCUAGGAAAUUAGAAGAGCAAUCACUCGCCGAGAAUUCGCCUUACCCUUCUUCUACGCAGGCUGUUUCAGAGCAAUCUGGACUUGGUAUAUCCUCACGUAAACGUCAAAACAGGGAGAAAGUCUGCCGAGUUUGUCAGCGAACGAAUCUCAAGCGGAAAAACUCAACUAACACGUGCAUAGAUGAACAUGGGGUGAUUGGACAGGCUAUAGAAUUGUCCCAGCAAUUGUUGGAGCAGAAGGACAAGGGUCUAAGACCAGAGACGGGUAAUGAAAAGCAAAGACAGAAAGGAAAGUGGGAAAUGCAAAAAUUUACAACUCCAGGCAGUUGUUCCAGUUCUUAUGAGGGGAUUCAGAGAGAUAAGAAUCCAGGGCAAACAGCAGGUGAUUUCCCUAAACAAGUGGCUAACUCAAUCAAAUUUAUUGAAUCUAGCAUUUCGACGUUGCACCUUUCUCCUAGUUGUGUGAAUCCAAUAAAAAUUACUAGUCCUGUAAUGCAAUCAAAUGGUGGAGCAAUUACGAGUGGAUUCAAUCAUAAUGGUGAGACUAGUAAAAAGAAUUGGAGGCUUGGGCAGAAGGGAAAGCUUCAAACUAUGGGGGCUACUGAAACUUGCAAACAGGUUCUAAUGAGUAACAGCAAUGCCAAGGUUGACCAAGUGGCUGAGACAUCUUGCCCAGGCCACAGUCAGAACGUGAAGUACAUUUUGCCAUUGGAAAGAGUCAUGCCACUGAGUAAUACUGCGGCAAGUCAAGAUAAUGAGUCUAAGAGAUAUCAGUAUGUUCAUGGGUUACGGAUCCCUCUUAGUGAGGAUGGCCCCCAAAGCCAAAUUGUGAAGAUGAGGAAGAAGCUAUCCAGACAGAUAAUCCAAGACAAUCCCCUUCAUGAUUCAAUGACUCAUGUAAAGGAAGGCAUUGGCAACUUGGUGAAAUCCGGACCAUCUAUGCAACCUAUGCUAGAGGGUUCCACAGCACACAGCAGUAAUAAAAACCUGGCUCAACUGCUUAUGAAACCAACGUUGCUGGAUUAUGAGUCUCCGCCUUUGCAAAGUGGCGAUCGCCAGAUGAACGAAAAGAGAGAGAUCACCAAGAGGCCAUGUGUGGGUCUGCAGAAGCAAAAGACAUUUCCACAUGAACAAGAAUCAGACCAGUCUGCUAUGUCUAGCUCUACCUCUUCCUGCAGCUGGAUUAGUCCGCCGGAGACCGAAACAGGCACCAUCAGCAGUAACAAGUCAAGGAGGCUUAAAAAUGUGCCACUUGAAAGUAGUAUAGAGGAGAGUAACUCUUCUUCUUAUGAAAGCUCAGCAAGUUACAAGGACGUAGAUGUAGGUCCUCCACAAAGGGCUGGUCCUUGCAAAAUGAACAGAUCAAAUUCUGGCAAAGCAAUUGGACGGUUGAGGAGGUUCAAGCACAAAUUAGGACUCAUAUUUCAUCACCAUCAUCAUCACCAUCACCACCACCAUCAUCAAGAAAUUGACACUGACAGUGAUGAUAGUUAUAGUAAUCGCAAAGGGAAGGCACACUCCGGGUCAAUGUGGAAGCACCUAAACAAAAUUUUUCACCACAAACACAAACAGAGGGUUUAUGAGAAAAAAGCGGUUGGGAAAUUGAGAAAAUCAGCAUUCAGUAAGAAUCAGGCUGGACAAUUUCAGGCACUUGUGCGAGGGACGAUGAGGCAUGUUAAGCAUUCAAAGAAGUCAAAGCUGUCCAAGGGCGCAAUUAGGCAUGGUCAUGAUAAGCAUUGGUGGGAAAUGUUUCAGCGCGGCCGUGGGGUUAAGCUGACCAAUGCGAGGCGUGCCAGGCUUCAAUUUAUUAGCAAGAAACCACAGCUAAGAGCGCCUAAGAAAAUGACUUAGCAUACUUAUCCAUGACUAGCUCAUGUCUAUCUUGAAAUAUAAGGUAGGUUUUGAGAUAUUAGGGAGCCGGGACAAAUUCCAGUAAUUAUAG